AUGUCCUCCGAUGGCCCAGAUACUCUUCCAACGCCUGCAUCAUCGUCACGACCAAAAGGAACACCCUCGAUAACGCCCCGUCGCUUUAAUCGCUUCUGGCAACCAAGACAGUUUCAGACUCAGCCGUUGCCAAAGUUUAGAACUGCUCUUGGGAGCUUGGACGAGUCUGAUACUAACCAGCAGCCCAUUUCGCCCCAAUCGCUUUUUCAUAGUGAUCCUAUUUUACCUUCUUCUCCAAGUGAUAGAUUCCAGGAUGAAUCGCGGAAGAGAAAGCUUCAGGCUGAGGCUUCGGGUGACGAGGCUGUCUUCAAGAGACCAACACUGAACUUGGAUGAUAUGCCACCACUUCGGUUCAAUACCACAACUACCUCUUCCUCAAGCAAUACACUUGUCGGUUAUGAUAAUGAAAUUCAAAUGUCAGAAAGCCAGAUUAGUCUGGAGAGUCUUGAUAGCUAUAGAAAAGCUACCCUGAGCAGUUUCUUCAAGACCAGCCGUGGAGUUGCUCGAACGCCUAAAAAGUCACCCUUUCUCAUUAAUACACCCAGCAUCUCUGAGGAACCUCAGCCUGUCAACGAGCUAGCCAACUACGCACCUAGAUCAAUCCGAAAGUUCGCCGAUAGAGGCGUUGCAUCACAAUUACUCAACAGAGAGCAUGGACUUGGAUAUUCAACUGGCCAACCAUAUCUUCACACACCAGCAUGCGACCCUCGAACCGAGACCGCAAGCCGUACCAUCCCCUUCUGCCUUACAAGCACUCACAAUGCCCCCGUGACGGCUGUCGGUGACGAAGAAGGUUGUGUUAGGUUCUUCGACACUUCUCCAAACGAUGAUCCCAACGAGGAAAAGGACUUGGGUGUUUACUCGGUUCAUGACAAUGCCAUCUGGGAUAUGGACUUUUCCCAAGAUGAUAUGCGCCUUGCGACUACAGCCGGUGACGCAGCUCUGGUUAUGGAUGUUACGACCAAGUCUAUUGCUGCUAGACUUGCAGAUGGCCAUUAUAACUCGACUCGACAGAUCGCUUGGCAGAAGGGCCAAUCUAUUGGCAACGUAUUGACAACAUCAGACAAGGCUGGUCGAAUUCGCCUGUGGGAUUUGAGGUGCCCUUAUUCUCAUGUGAGAAGUUUCUCAACACUUAGUAGCAGCGAGACAGGCCGUCGAACCGUCACUUUUCGAGAUGAGGCCAUCAGACCAUUCCAGGCCUCGACCGUGAACACUCUUGACAACACCCAUGAGCGUACUGCCCAUGGUAAGACCUCACCUGCUUCUGUUACUGCAAUCCAAUGGCUUCCCGCUGGUCGUGAACAUCUUUUGCUCUCCGCUUCUGAGGCCGAAGCUGUUGUCAAGCUCUGGGACCUUCGGUACAUCAACCGUCGUCACCAAGAAAAGAGCACCCCUCUCUCAGCUACCACCGUCCCCUCCAACCACGCCUGGCGUUCGUAUGGCAUCACCUCUCUGUCUCUCAGCAGUGAUACCGCCCGUAUGUACGCAGUGUGCAAAGAUAACACCAUCUACGCUUACUCCAUGUCUCAUCUCAUGCUUGGCCACGCUCCUGAACUCAAAGACCUCGCCACUAAGAGGAGACCAAUCGAAGCCCAGGGCCUAGGACCGCUUUAUGGUUUUAAGCAUGACUCUUUCGCAGCACGAACAUUUUUUGUCAAGUGCAGAAUGCGACCCAAGGGCCUCUCCCACUCAUCUGACCUCCUUGCAGUGGGUAGCUCCGAGUCUUCAGUCGUGCUCUUCCCCACAGACGAGCGAUAUCUUCGAUCUGCUUGUGCCCAGCGCGCUCACCUCCUUGAUCCACCUGGAUCUGCACCUACACCCUCCCGCUCAUUCUCAUCUGCCGCAGGCGCUGAACCCACCUCCUCUACAAUCCCCAUAUUCCGCAAUGGUACAGCUCUUGUCCACGGCCAUCAACGUGAAGUUUCAAACGUCAGCUGGAGUUACGAUGGCAAAAUGGUCAGCGCGUCUGACGAUUCCAUCGUACGUCAGUGGCAGGAGGAUGAAGGUCGAGCUCGGUACUUGAGACAAAUCGGAGAUUUUGGUGGUGAGCGAUACAUGGCGGGCUGGGCUGAUGUGGGUAGUGAUUGGGAUGAUGAAGAUGAUGAGUAA